CUGUCAUGUUUUUUUGUGGUUAUGAUUUUUUAAAAUUUGAAAGGUUUUAUCAGGAUUUACUGUGGGAUUUACUAUAAAGUUUUUUCCUCUAAUAUAAAUGUUCAGAAAAAAUAUUAAUUAAACCGAAAAGGUAAAGAGUGUAUGAUAUUAAAUCAUAUGUAUCUAUUUGAUGUCACAGUUUCAGGAUAAAAUCGAAAGUUGUUUAUUUUAAACACACAACAGAAUGGCUAAUUCAGCUUCUUCUGAUUCAAGCCAGAAUUCCCCAGUAUGCCUUCUGGUUCUCGGAAUGGCAGGCAGUGGUAAAACCUCCCUUGUAACUCGUCUCUCUGAAUGUCUUAGAAAUAACAAAAAACCGUACGUUGUUAACCUGGAUCCUGCUUGUUUAGAUCUACCCUACUUUGCUAAUAUCGAUAUUAGAGAAACAGUUAAUUACAAAGAGGUGAUGAAACAGUACAAAUUAGGACCAAACGGAGCAAUUGUAACGAGUCUUAAUCUCUUUUCUACAAAAUUUCCCGAGGUUAUCAACUAUAUUGGAAAAACUACAAACGAAUAUUGUGUUAUUGAUACUCCGGGUCAAAUAGAAGUGUUUGCAUGGAGCGUAUCAGGGUCUAUAAUAACCGAAACCUUAGCCUCAGCUUUUCCUACCGUUAUACUCUAUGUAGUAGAUUGUGUUAGAAGUACAUCUCCGGUCACCUUCAUGUCAAAUAUGUUAUAUGCUUGUUCCAUCCUGUAUAAAACACGUCUUCCUUUUAUUAUUGUAAUGAAUAAAGUGGAUAUAGUCGAUGCAGGUUAUGCAAAAGACUGGAUGACGGAUUUUGAAAGUUUCCAGGAAGCUCUUGAAGCUGAUGAGAGCUAUGUUAGUAAUCUUACAAGGUCUAUGGCUCUGGCUCUGGAUGAAUUCUAUCAGAAUUUAAAAGUUUGUGGAUUUAGUGCGGCCACAGGUCAAGGAGCUGACGAGUUAUUUAAGUUAAUAGAUGAAUGUCGCAUAGAAUAUGAGAACGAUUACAGAGCCGAAUGGGAGAAAAUUAAGCAAGAUACUGAAAAAAGGAAACAGGAAGAAGCCGUGAGUUCUGUUGAAAGUGAGUCCAGUUCACUUUUGACGUCAAAACCAAGAGGAAUAGAAUUAUCAGAUGUAUAUUUACGAAAUGCCGGUAAUGACAGUUCUGAAGACAGUGAAGGUGAAGAAGCACCAUAUACAGAUGUUAUUGAUGUAGAAGAAGAGAAUGCAUUUAAAAAAGUGGUAAAACAGCAAAGAGAAAUGCAGUUGAAGAGAGCAAAGGAGGCAGAAAUUAAGCAAAAAAACAAGGAACCUUCAAGUUCUGCAGGAUAAUAAAUAAAAAAAUAUUUUUUAAGAUUAAACUGUCCUAAUUAAAACUUUUUUUUAUUUUU